UGGCAGUAGAGAGCCUUUCAGCUGGAGCAGACAAAAGAGGAGUAAGAAUGAUCAUCAUCAGCAGCAGCAGCAGGGAUAGAGCUGAGAGCAGCUACUGGGCAUCACUUGCAGCCUGAGCAAGGGGGACCGCUCCUGUCACUCCCUACACAGGGAUAAUAUAGCAGAAUCAAGAGGACACGGGCGCUUCCCAAGCUUGUGAUUUAAGUAGCAGGUUCCCUGUCUCAACCUCUCCCCUGGAGCACGUACAGAAGGGCAGCUUCACUCCUCUCCCUAACAAUGACAGGGAUGGCAAUUUACUGGGUGACAGUUGCAGCUUGUAUCCUGGGUGUUGGCUGCAGUGGCCUCGCUACUAAAGUGAACAAACACAAGCCUUGGAUUGAGACUUCGUACCAUGGAGUCAUCACUGAAAACAAUGACACUGUGAUUCUAGAUCCACCUUUGGUUGCUCUGGAUAAAGAUGCCCCAGUUCCUUUUGCAGGGGAAAUAUGUGCAUUCAAAAUUCAUGGACAAGAUACUCCUUUUGAAGCUGUAGUGCUGAACAAGACAUCGGGUGAAGGCCGUCUCAGAGCAAAAGGACCAAUUGAUUGUGAAAUUCAGAAGGAGUACACCUUUAUCAUCCAGGCUUAUGACUGUGGUGCAGGUCUAGCUGGAACAAACUGGAAGAAGUCUCACAAAGCUGUAGUUCAUAUACAAGUGAACGAUGUGAACGAGUUUGCACCAGUGUUUAAAGAGAAGAAGUACAGUGCCAUGGUGACAGAGGGAAAGAUCUAUGACAGUAUCCUACAGGUGGAGGCAAUGGAUGAGGACUGCUCCCCCCAAUACAGUCAGAUCUGCAAUUAUGAAAUUGUUACACGCGAUGUGCCAUUUGCUAUUGACAGGAAUGGAAACAUAAGGAACACAGAGAAGCUGAGUUAUGAUAAGCAACAUCAGUAUGAAAUUAAAGUUACUGCAUAUGACUGCGGACAGAAGCAUGCCACGGAGGAUGUCACAGUUCUUGUGGACAUUAAGCCUGUCUGCAAACCUGGAUGGCAAGACUGGGAAAAACGCAUUGAAUACAAUCCUGGUUCUGGGAGCAUUGCCUUGCUUCCAACUGUUCGGCUAGAAACUUGUGAUGGACCUGUGUCUUUUAUCCGAACCAGUAUUGAGCUUCAGACAAAUCAUAUUGGGAAAGGCUGUGACCGUGAAACUUACUCUGAUACGUCACUAAAGUCAUUAUGUGGAGCCUCUUCCGGUGCCAUUGACUUACUCCCCUCACCCAGUGCUUCAACAAACUGGACAGCUGGUCUACCCAUGGAUAACAGUGGCAUGAUCUUUAAAUUUGAUGGCAAGCAAGGAGUAAAGAUACCUGAUUCAAUUGUACCAAAGAAUCUAACUGACCAAUUCAUGAUCACAAUGUGGAUGAAACAUGGGCCAAGUCCUGGAUUAAGAGCUGAAAAGGAGACCAUCCUAUGUAACUCUGAUAAAACAGAGAUGAAUCGGCACCACUACGCUCUGUAUGUGCACAACUGCCGCCUCGUAUUCCUAUUGCGCCGAGACUUUGAUCAAGCAGACACUUUCAGACCUGCAGAGUUCCACUGGAAACUGGAUCAGAUCUGCGACAAGGAAUGGCACUACUAUAUAAUCAACAUAGCUUUUCCAGUGGUUACCUUAUACAUGGAUGGAGCCACAUAUGAGCCAUAUCUGGUCACCAAUGACUGGCCCAUUCAUCCUUCCCACAUUGCCAUGCAACUGACGGUUGGUGCUUGUUGGCAAGGUGGGGAAGUCACAAAGCCCAAAUUUACUCAGUACUUUCAUGGAAGCAUUGCUGGUCUUAUGCUGCGUCCUGGCAAAAUUGAAAGCCAUAAAAUGAUUUCCUGCUUACAGGCCUGCAAAGAAGGACUGGAUAUCAAAUCCCUAGAGAAUCUGGGGCAAGGUGUAAAGUAUCACUUCAACCCUUCUCAAUCCGCUCUUGUAAUGGAAGGUGAAGACAUUGAAAGUAUAAAUCAGGCUCUCCGCAAGGUCUCAUACAUCAACUCUCAGCAGUUCCCCACUGCUGGUAAAAGAAAACUGAAGGUGUCAUCCAAAGUCCAAUGCUUUGGAGAAGAUAUUUGCAUCACAAUACCUGAUAUCGAAGCAUAUAUUACGGUUGUCCAAACAAAUGAACCUAAGAUAACAGUCACUGGAAUGGAUCACUUUGCACGGCCAGCAUCCGAGUUCGAAAAUGCAAACGGUGUCAUUUUAUUGCCAGAUAUUCGAAUAACCAGCACAGUUACAAAAAUGGAGAAGAGACUGAGUAAGAAUGUUGGAAAAUCUACUGCCCCAGUAGUGGUGGAAGAAACUCUACAUCACUUGGACUUCUGUGAUAUUCUUGUCAGUGGGGAGGAGCUGGAUGUCAAAAGGGAGUGCUUAGAGCUGGAUCGCACUGUUCUCCAAGGCAAACAUCUGGAGGCCACAAAUUCUACUAAAGGGUACUCAAUCUAUGGUGUGGGUACAAUGAAAAGCUAUGAGGAUGUUCUUCAACAAAUACGCUACCGGCACUGGGACUCUGCAUCAAUCUUUGGCCGGAAAUUUAAAGUCAAGUGCUCUGAAUUAAAUGGGCGUUACACAAGUAAUGAGCUUAACCUCGAGGUCAAUAUACUGCACAAUUCAAAUUUUAUGGAGCACGUAAAUCACAUGAUGAUACAGCCAGAGUUUAUGCCAUCACUGCAAAAUCCAAGCACUGACUUGUCCAGGCACGAAACACGUGUUUCUCCAGGUGCUACCGCCAUUGUGUUAGUGGCCUGUGUCAGUAUACUGGUUAUUAUUGUAGUUUUGGGGAUCUUCAGAUUGCGGAUGGUGCACCAGCAUGACUUCCAAGAAAAAGAGGCUGCAAAAGAUAAUGAAUUAAAUUGGGAUGACUCGGCUCUGACUAUCACAGUAAACCCAAUGGAGAAAUAUGAAACGCACGGGACGGAUGAAGGUGAGAGUGAAGUAGAGGAAGACGAUGAAAUUGAAGAAGAGGAUGAUGAUGAGGAAGAGGAUGAGAGUACAAGUGGUGACUCUGAUGAAAGUGAUGAAGAAGAUAUGGAAACAAAUGCAAAGGCAAAGCAACACAAUGCAGCAAGGAGAGGACACCUGACAUGGGAUCACCUAACACUUACAUACUAAUAUUUUCUUCUUCCUUUUGUAAACACAAAUCUUAUUUAUUUCAGAGGCAAGUUAGUUAAAAGACUCUGUUUAAGUGACAGGAUUAUCAUUGUGUAAGAAGACCGUUUUCUUAAAUGCUGGCAAGCAAUAGCUAUAUGUAUAGAUUGGCAGAGUGCAUCAUUACUUUUGUAAACUAGAGAAGUUAAUCAUUAGUUAUAAGGCAGGAUGGUUCCAGGAGCCAUGAUCUGAUACCCACAAACACUACAGUUAUCCCAAAAUAUCCCCAAAUCACUUGUGUUUGCUAAUAUAUGAUCCUGUCUGCUCUUGUUGAGUGUGCAUCUUACCAAAAGGGGCUUAUCUGGCAAGUUAUGAAGCUAAACUGAUGGACUUAAUCAAUGUCUUUUAAAAGCUGAAGCGACUGUUCUUGUACCUGAAUCCUAUAAGCAGCUCAAAUGUAUAAAAGGAAAGCAGUUAACAGUUUGCUAUGCACUGCACACUCUUCCAGAGACAAUGGUUUUACAUUUAUUGAAACACAUUCAGCUUUAAUGAGCUAAAUUACAAUUGUAAAAAUGUGUGUGUGUAUAUAUACGUAACUGUGUUACGUAGCAGAAUAUCAUUUACUCUAAUUCGGUAAUGCUGAUCAUAUAUAAAGGGCUGGAGCUUGACCAAAAGCUGAAUUUCAGUUUUCAUAGAACUGAUUUGUUUAAAAUACACCAGAAAAGAAAUUGGAUAGACAGCCAAUGCAAUUGGUUUAAUAUCUGGGUUAUUUUAUGUAUUGAGAUAACAAAAAUGCUAAAUCUCUAGUGGGGACAGCUCUAAAAAUAUAUGCAUACACACAUUAUAUCAAAAUACACAUACCCCCGUCCUGCUGAGUUAUUCUGUUAUGCUAGUUUUUCAUAAAGUAGAGAUAUUGGUUAAUGAAUUGUACUCAAUUAUGUUGCCCAUUCUAGAAAACAGUUCCUGGGGCUAUGACAUGCUGUUCUUUGAUCACCUUGGUCCUCUCGGGAGAACUGGUGUCAAAAGGGGAUGUGAUCCUUACACACAAUAUAGGAAAAUGAUUUCAAAAAGUUUAUGUUGUCUGCUUAUCCAACCUUUUGUUUGAUAAAAAAAAAUCAAGAAUGGAAUAUAGAUAAGAGGGAUAAAUAAUUAUUGCAAUAGAGUGAGGGUUUCCAGAAUACAUUUCCAUUAAAUACAUUUUUCCCCAUUCAAAGUCAUUCAAAGGGUAAUAUAUUCAGAUGUAAAUAAUUUGCAUAUAUUAAAAUGUCUUCUGCCCAUCUCAGAUGUGCCAGGAUUACAAGAUGCAUUAGCAGAGUUUAAUUUUCUGAGACACCACUUUUCUAGUUUUGGAGGAAAAUGCUCUUUCUGGCAACAUUGCCUAGAAUUUGGCUGGGUGUAUUAUAAGAGUUCAGUCCUGCAGUAAAGAUUUUUAAUUGUUUUUUACAA